CCUACACACCAUCUUCAGUCUGAACCAGACACCGUCGCUCGGCAACUGUUCAAAUAUGGAUUCUUCUUCCCGCUAUUUUGGGCGAUAGGAGUGUAUUUUAUGUUUGCGCCCAUGCGCGUCUCCCACGAUUGGGAGCAAGGCAAAACAGAAGAAGAAAAAGAGAAAAUACUGUCGAACUUGCGGCAGACGGAAAUGAAAUGGGCGAAA